UUAGGCGCUACAGGUUUAUCUAAUUAGGUAAUCGACAGUCGUAUCCCGCUGUCUGGAAUAACUGUCAAACAUAUUAUAAAGUCAUGCCACAACGCCGGGCCCGCAGUGCAGUGCUCCCUGUUGACAUGGCUACCGUUGACCGUUGUUUAGUAUUUAAAAUUUUAACAAUAACCUUUUUAAAUGUGUUAAUUACAUCAUGUUACGCUGCGCCUUUAUUCGAAGAUGUCGAAGUUAACGAAGACGAUGUGAGUGUGGACGGAGAGUUCGGGGAAUACUUUGAAGGCGACAUGUUGUUGAGGCCGCAGCAGAGGCAGGCCAUUUCAAUGGCGGAGAUGAACCGCAACGGCCUCGUGGACGGCGUUAAAAGAUGGCCGGACCGCACCGUCAUUUAUCUUAUAGAAGAAGAUGAUUUUGACGAGGAACAAGUUCUAAUGAUAGAGUCUGCAAUGAAGGACAUCGCCAAUAAAUCCUGUAUCAAAUUCAGGCCCAAAGAAAAUAAUGAACACGCUGUUCUGAUAAAGGGUACAUCGAAUGGUUGCUUUUCUAACGUGGGCUUUACGAAUGUAAGUGAGGAUGAGGAGGAGGUGCAGCAAGUGCUGAACCUUGCGAAGGGCUGCUUCAAACACGGUACGGUGGUUCACGAAAUGCUGCACACCCUCGGCUUCUACCACAUGCAGAGUACUUACAACAGAGAUGAAUUUGUACAGAUUAUAUGGGAGAAUAUCAAAUCAGGCACGGAGCACAACUUUGCAAAGUACAACAAUGACACGGUGACGGACUUCGGUGUUGAGUACGACUACGGCAGCGUGAUGCAUUAUCCGGAGAAUGCGUUCUCUAAGAAUGGAAACAAAACUAUCAUACCAUUGCAGGAGGGUGCGAAAAUUGGUCAAAGAAAGGGAAUGUCCGAGAGUGAUAUAAUAAAACUUAACAAGAUGUAUUGUGAACCAGAAAAAGAAACCACAACAGAAAAAACUGAAUAA